AUGGAAGGGUCGCUGCUCAGUAGGGGAGGGACGGAUCAACGCGCUGUCCUUUCGGAGGGAGAUACCGCAAGACCCUCGUCUGCCUCGUCUGCAACACUCGGCGACACAGCCGUUCCUGAGAGCGUCUCUACCGAUUCGACACCUGCUCCCUGUCAACCGUCGCCUAAGGCUAAGCAGGUACUUAAAACGGAGCCGGUCCCUACCCAAUUACCGCUAAAUUCCAAGCCGGAAGCCAGUUCACCGCCUGUCCCAGGCGACCCGUCUCUUGACACUACGACGCGUGAUGGAUCUCCGGACGGAUAG